CUGAUUGCGGGGGCAGCGCCCAGCGUGGCGGCGCCUGGGGCGGGGGAGACCCAGCUCCGGCUUCACACUUGCUCUGCUGCACACGCGGAGCCCAAAACGGGGAGUCGCCGCCCAUAAGCAACCGCCCGCCGAGCCUGCACCCUGAGCCUGCCUGACCCCAGCGCAGGCAGCAGCGGGGACCCAGGUUCUUUGCGGAAACUGCGUCUCUCCCCCCUCCCCCCCGUCCUAUUUCUGCGGUUUGGAUGCCGAUGAGAGUGGAGGAGCCGCUAGCGAGAAGCAGCACCACGCAGCCCGGCUGCAGCGGGCGCUGAGAGGGCGGGCGACUGCCUCAGUCAGCAGCCUCCGCUCCGCUCGGCUCCCACCCCCGACCAGUGGCUUUAACUCGCUCCCGUCCCCGCGGCUUGUCCCGCCGUCUCAAACUUUCAGCCUGUCCCCGCUGCCGGGCAGAGCCCGGCUCCACAUCCAUGGUGGAGGCGAUAGUGGAAUUUGACUACAAGGCUCAACAUGAUGAUGAGCUGACAAUCACAAUAGGUGACAUAAUCACCAAUAUCAAGAAAGAGACUGGAGGCUGGUGGGAAGGACAGCUCAAAGGCAGAAGAGGUUUGUUCCCUGACAACUUUGUAAGAGAAAUAAAGAAGGACAUGAAGAAAGAAAGUAUUGCCAACAAACCACCAGAGAAGCCUAUAGAUGAAGUUUCCAAUGGAAGCCCUUUACUGUUUUCUGAGACCAUUAGAACCACCAGAAAAGGGGAGAGAAAUAGGAGGAGAAGAUGUCAGGUGGCUUUCAGUUACAUGCCUCAGAAUGAAGAUGAGCUGGAGUUAAAAGUUGGUGACAUCAUUGAAGUGAUGGGAGAAGUGGAGGAGGGCUGGUGGGAAGGAAUUCUGCAUGGAAAGACUGGCAUGUUUCCUUCCAACUUCAUAAAGGAACUUUCUGUUGAUUCUGAUGAUGUGGAAAUUGCACGGGAGGAACAACUAAUAAAGCCAAGUUUAAGAGAUGCUACAGGCUCUGAGAGUGAUGGUGGUGACUCAAGCAGCACAAAAUCAGAAGGAGCCAAUGGAGCAGCAGCAAUCCAACCCAAAAAGGUCAAGGGGAUUGGUUUUGGAGAUAUCUUCAAAGACAAACCAAUAAAGCUACGACCAAGGUCAAUAGAAGUAGAAAAUGACUUUCCACCAGUAGAAAAGACUGUUGGGAAGAAAUUACCUCCAGCUACAGCAGCUCAAGAGCCAACGAAAAUAGAAAUGGACAGCAGAACCAAGAUCAAGGAGUAUUGCAAAGUAAUAUUUCCGUAUGAAGCACAGAAUGAAGAUGAACUAACAAUCAAAGAAGGUGAUAUCGUCAUACUUAUCAAUAAGGAUUGCAUUGAUGCAGGCUGGUGGGAAGGAGAACUCAAUGGCAGGCGUGGAGUGUUUCCAGAUAACUUUGUCAAGCUUCUUCCCUCUGAUUUUGAAAAAGAGAGACCUAAGAAACCACCACCUCCAUCAGCUCCUGUCAUCAAACAAGGGUCAGGUACCACAGACAGAAAACAUGAAAUCAAAAAGGUACCUCCUGAAAGGCCAGAAUGUCUUCCUAAUCGAACAGAGGAGAAAGAAAGACCAGAAAGAGAGCAAAAACUGGUAGAUUUGCACAAGCCUUCAGUCCCUGCUAUACCUCCGAAGAAACCUCGACCACCAAAAACGAACUCUCUGAAUAGACCUGGUACAUUGCCCCCAAGACGACCAGAAAGACCAGCUGUGCCUCUGACGCAUACAAGGAAUGAUAGUACAAAAGUAGAGUUAGUGGGCAGUACGGUAUCCGGAACCUUGGAGAAGGACUCCUCAGAAAGAAGCAGUGACGUUGAUCUGGAAGGUUUUGACUCUGUAGUACCAGUCGCUGAGAAGCUCAGUCAUCCAACUACAACCAGACCAAAAGCUACUGGCAGACGACCUCCAUCCCAGUCACUCACAUCUUCCUCCCUUUCAAGUCCUGAUUUCUUUGACUCACCAAGCCCUGAAGAGGAAAAGGAAGAACAUGUGUCCAUUAUACAUAAAGCAACUGAAGUGUCAAAGAAAACAAAGACUGUUACAAUAUCACAAGUGUCUGAUAAUAAAACUUCAUUGCCUCCAAAACCAGGGGGUUUGACUAGUGGGAGUAAUAUACAAGCAUCAUUAUCCUCCUCAUCCUCACCUGCACUUCAUUCAGUUACUGUGGGAACAACAGGCCAUAGGUCAAAUUCCCCAUCUUUGUUCAGUACUGAAGGAAAGCCAAAGACUGAGCUCUCAAGCCAGGGUCCGGCAGCCUUGGAGGAGCUGAGGACACAAGUUAAGGAGCUAAGAACUAUCGUUGAGACAAUGAAAGACCAGCAAAAAAAAAAGAGAUUAAACAAUUGUUGUCUGAAUUGGAUGAAGAAAAAAAGAUCCGUCUACGAUUACAGAUGGAAGUGAACGACAUAAAGAAAACUCUUCAAUCAAAAUGAAUACUUGAUAGGUGGAAUGUUACAUUAUUCAUCAUGACUGAGACUCAAAUUUAUGCCCCAGCCAAAAUAACUUUGUGCCAAAUGAUUUAAGAAUUGCCUCAAUAUCCCUUUGUUUGAAGGAUUAGCACAAGAGUUUUUGAUAGCACAACACAAAUUCCAAUGAAGAGGAAAAAAUUCCACAGGAUGCAGUUGCUGUAUGGCACUGGUUGUGACUGAAAUUGAUCUUAUUGUGCUAAAGUCUCUACUUCAAGAUCACAAAUGAAAUGCAAACUCAGGCAGUUUAGUCCAUAGUGGUACUAUUUUGAUGAUAUUUUUCCAUAAAUAAAAUGUAUUUCAGAUUAUCCGUUUACAAGCUUUAUGAUUUUGACUUUUUUUUAAUUGUCUUUUGUCACAGAUUCCUAAAAUAUUUGUACUGCAUAUAGCCAAGAAUGAAUGUUGAUGUUUGGGAGGCAGGGGUAUUAUUUUGCUUCAGGUAGAACAGCCUACUUCUUGUGUUAUGUUUUAAAUUCUAUUACAUAUGCAAUUUUAUGUCCAAAAAUAAUCUACAAGAUAAAUGUAAGUUUGUGUAGAAUGGCUUAUUUAAAAAA